AAUUCUGCAAGUAGUUCUAAUUUACUAUCGCUGUUCUCUAGCUGGUCUAAAAUUGCUUUUUACCUAAAGGGACGCUUUUUAGAUACCAUGGACGUUUCUCAGUUUCCAUGCAGAAAGAACAGUAAAAAUGCAGGCAGGGCACAGGACAAAGCACUAAAAAUGUAUGUGAAAUGGUUUGAUACACGUAUUAAGUGAAUGUCACUUUUAAAAUUUUUGAAUUUCCCGCCGGUUCUAUCCCCCGUACGUCCCAAUGUCGCAGGGAACAGAACCCGGAAAACGGAUGCCAACAUCAGCCGGAGGAGAUGGCUGGGGAAGCUGAAGGGGGGGACAU